CAAAAAUAUACUUGACAUGCUAAUUAUCUGGGGUGUCAUUGCAUACCCUUUCUCAGCUUCAAGAGAAGAAGAACUUUGGCAAGAACAGAACUGGACCUUGAAAUUUAUGGUUGAUGCAAUUGACCCUAUUUUGACCAAGUGGGUAGAAGAAGACAGAAAUAUUUGCAUCUAUGGAAGCAACAGCAUAGAUUGGAUCCUAGAAUUCACUGGCAAGAUGGAGAUUAUAAAAAGUGCAGGAGUAAAUCUUGAGAUGGUGUAUGUUGGCAAAAGAAACUCGAGUCAACAAAUGAGGAACAUUUUAACUGUGGUUGAUUAUAAACAACUAAGCAGUGUAUUGUCUUUUAUAAAAUCUCAGUUCUUCUGGCUUAGGUUGGAAAGUAUAAGAAGAUUAAAACUCCAACUAGGAACGCCGGAAACUACUGACCAUGUUCUAGAUGAGGUGUCAGCACUGGUAGAUAUGGAUGACAAUGACAAGAACUGGGCAGUAAUAGGGAGAGGAUCUAAAUCCAUGGAUAUGGUCAGACUUGAAGGGCCAGAGCUUAUGGAAUGCCUUGACAUGUUUCCCAAAUGGGGUGGGAGUGUUGCAGAGUUGGGGUUCAUGAAUGCACUUAGAAAUUCCCUUGAACCAUCUUUUCUUUCUGGACCUUGUGGUCAUGACUAUGAUGUCACUCUCUCUAGUGAAGAACCAGUGCUCCAAGGAAUGGUAGUUUGUGGCAAGUGUAAGCACCCCAUGAAGAAGUUUGUUAUCUAUAAAUGAUGUAAUUGCUCAAGUGUUAUGACCUUUCUUUCAAAUAUGAAUGAUUUACUAAC